AUGUCAAGUUUAGGUAGUCCUUGUGAUUCAUGUUUAACAUUGUCUUCACUACAACUGCAAAUAUCAAAUCAAUAUUUACAAAAUUAUAUUUUGAAUAGACUACGAGAUGAUUUUGAAAUAAUUAUCACUUAUAAUCAUUCAGAUAUUUUUAUUAAAACAUCAUCAAUAAGUUCAUUAAUAUCAAGUAUAACAAAAAGUAAUACGGAAAUUACUGUAAACCAUUUGUUAAUAUAUUUAUUUUAUCAUAGUAAAUUACUUUUCAAUCAUAAAUAUUUAAUUAAUCAGUUUAAAUUAAUUCAUUUAGGUAAAAAUUAUCCAUUUCAGUUGAUAAAUCAAAGUCCAACUUUAGAAUCUUUAAAAAUUAAUCAAUUUCCAAAAUUAUUUUUAACUAUUAAUGAUGAUUGGGAAAAAUUUGAAAGAUCAAAUUUUAGAUAUUUUAAUGUUGAAUCUUAUUUAAUUAGAUAUGAAAAUUUUAAAGAUAAGUCUACGGGGAAUAUUACUUAUGUUGAUACAAUUGUAAGGAAAUUGAAAAGGAAUAAUUCAACUUCAUCAGAUCAAACAAUUAAAUCAAAUGAUAAAUUUGUGAAAAGAAAAAGGAUGAAAAUUUUCAAAUUUUUUAAAAGAAUAGUAGUGUAA